AAUAAAUUAAAAUUUGUUUCUCUUUUUCAUUAAUAAUUCUGUUACAGAUCUGAAGAACCAACAUCCAAUAUUUCUGAUGAUUUACUUCAGAAACCAUGGCAGGAAAUGGAUGAGAUUGACUGGAGCGAAAAGUCCUUGGAUAGUCUUCUGACAGAAACAGAAAAAUACACGCCCUUGGCAGAGAUUGGAAAUCAUUCAAAGAUUCCACACGUCAACAUUUUACUAUUGGGGCGUAUUUCAUCGGGAAAAUCCAGUUUCUUCAAUACCGUAGACUCUGUUAUCAAGGGGAGAUUAUCUCAUAGGUCACGUGCCGGAUGUGCAAGUUCUAGCUUAACAAAAUCACUUGAUGUUUACAAAGUAAAAGGAAGAAAAACAUCUGGCGCCUUAAACUUUAGAAUGGUAGAUUGUCGUGGUUUAGAAGAAGACCAAAGUGUGAACUCUCGAGAUGUUGAGGCAAUUCUGGAUGGUCACGUGAUGGAUGGAUAUGUGUUCAAUCAAAGUACACCGAUUACUAAAGAUAAUCCCAAGUUUAGAAAAGAUCCGACCUUAGCUGAUCGUAUCCACUGUGUCAUCUUUGUUGUUGAUGGUUCGAAUCCACCCGAAAUAACAAUGUCUCAGAACGUUGAAAAACAAGUGAAAGAACUCCAAGAAAUGAUGAAUAGACGAAAAAUCCCGCAGUUGAUCCUGCUUACCAAAGUUGAUACGAUGGCUACUGCAAAGGAAGACUUGUCGAAAGUUUUUCACAGUAGAAGCGUCUUGGAGAUGAGAGACAAAGUCGCCAUGUCGUUUGGGUUGCCUCCCUAUACCGUUCUGCCGAUGCAAAAUCUCGCAAACUCUCCAACUGUCUCCAAAGAGAUUAAAAUACUGACAUUGUACAAUCUUCGUCAGGUACUUCGAGCUGCGGACGAUUUUCUGGAAAAUCAGGAAGAGGAGAUAUCGGGAGAUAAAUAUCUAGGAGCUCAGACUGAAUCUUAUUAAUUGAAAAUUUUCAAGAACAAAAUUUUCCUUGUGACAAGAUUUUUUUUUUAUUUUUGACUAAAAAAAAAUUUAUGGAUCCAAAAACUUAGAGUAGCGUAUUUCACCCUUGUCUUGAUCAUUAUCAAUUAUCAACCUCAUAGGUUGAUAGAAACGUGCAUUGUUAAUUAAGUUUUAAAACAAAACCUUUUUUAAAAAAAUGCGAAGUAAAGCAUGCAUGCUGGGUUCAUCUG